UAACAACAACAAUCGUCAGCACCUACUCGCCGGCAAUAUUGAAAUUAUGUUGGUUAGUACGUUUUGGAGCAGCGACGUUGUUGGACGAGUUCGUUUCGAGCAGCGGAGUGUGCGUGCCACUGUUUAGUGUUCAGUGUUCGGUGUUCGGUGUUCGUCAUUUAACUAUCGCAUAGUUAACCAGCGUACGUCCCUGCCCCUGGGUUGUCAGAAAAAAAAACACAAAAUGCCGACAACAGUAUCAGAUCUCACACUGCCAUCGGCAACUACUGCCGCUAUAACAACGACAGCAAUACCAAUAACAACAACAACAUCGAAAUCUAUGCGUAAUGGUAUGCAUUUGCUAAACGAACAACAACAACAACAACGAAGUACAGAUCAAAAUGACAAAAAUGAGAAAAAUGGUUUAAAAGCGUGUGAAGAAGACCGACAGUUUAUAAUUAAGUAUCGACAAAAAUAUUACGAUAUAAGACGUUUUCUACAGAAUCAUCCGGGCGGCAUAAAUACACUACGCGGCCUUAACAACAGUGAUAUGACAACACGUUUCCUGCACGCCCCACCACACUCGGACGCUGCCAUGUACCUGAUGAAGGAAUAUGAAAUUAAGCCGACACAAUUGCUGAAUGGUACCAAAAGGAGGCAUCGGCUGCAGGAAAGUGCGCACAGCGAACUGCAUGGGCUUGAUAAUGAGCAGCAGCAGCAAGAAUCCCUUGUAGAGUCCACUGAAAAUGGCAUAGAACUGUUGGGUGAUACGUUGCAUGAAGAAGACAAAAACAAUAAUCAAUUGGACGAGAGUAUGGAGCAUCUUGUGGAUUGGUCAAAAGCCAUGCUACCACAAAUUUGGCACAUAACCCGGCAUUAUGAUGAAUGGGUCCAUAAACCAGUAGAUAGACCGUUGCGUCUUUUCGGCCCAACAUAUCUGGAGGUAUUUACGAAAACUCCGUGGUGGGUUGUACCAUUAUUUUGGAUACCCGUAAUUUGCAAGUGCUUGUGGGAUGAGUUUUCACCUAUUUGGCAUACAACCAGCUUAAGCGGAUUAACGCUUUUGACCGCUUAUUUUGGUGCCGGUGUACUUUUUUGGACUUUACUUGAAUAUGUGCUUCAUCGCUUUGUAUUUCACAUGAAGGUGGACGCUAAUAAGAAUCCACUGUUGUGCACAUUUCAUUUUAUGAUACAUGGACUGCAUCAUAAAGUGCCUUUCGAUUCGAAGCGUCUUGUUUUUCCACCACUGCCGGGCGUAAUAAUUGCCAGCAUACUUUACGCGCCAAUCAGUCUUUUAUUGCCACAACCACGUAUUUUGUUAGCCGGUGCGCUUUUGGGCUAUCUAUGCUACGAUUUGAUGCAUUACUACCUCCACUAUGGAAAUCCUUCAGUGCAACGUACACGCUUCAUGUACAACAUGAAACGCUAUCACUAUCAACAUCAUUUCGCACAUCAGGAUAUGGGCUAUGGUAUUAGCAGUCCACUAUGGGAUAUCGUAUUUAAUACACGAAUACAUUUACGUAAACUACGUUACACAUUGCGUUGGCGGUAAUUGAAGUUUUAAAUUAACGCAUUACAAAAUAUAUUUAAGUUUAAUAUUAUUAUUAUUUAAACAUUAUUGAAAUGUAGAUUCCUUCAAUGCCGCCUAACAAUGGCUUAUGAACAAUGUUUUUUUUACUAAUAGUACAUACUUUUCAUAAGUAAAAUAUCACCAAAGAAAAAAAAUAUAUGAUAAAUCAUUCCUAAACCUGUGCGUACACAUUAUUUUAGUAACACGCAUUCAACCACUUUAAUGUCGCUGGCUAUCGCCAAACUUGAUUGAUUUUUUAUGUACUUUUGGUAGCUUUAAUCAUUCAAUAAGUAUUAAGUGCCUUACUAUAUAGACAUUGAGUAGUUUUGUACACAUGCAAAAAGAAAACAAACCAAAUAAAAAGUUACUUUAGAGAAAAAAAA